AUAGGAACUUUUGCAGCCCGGAAGCUCUGAGUGUAGCAGCCAUGAAGAUGACGGGAGAAAACAGAGCAGAGGGCUCUGAAAUAACAAUGGACGACGUGAAAAAUCUUUUUAAAAAGAAAGAUGAAAUCGAAGAGCAGAUAAAGGCUUACCAAGAUGUCUUGGAAGACCAAGGUGUUGGGGUUGAUGGUCCUCUGGUGGACGCUGAGGGCUACCCUCGAGCAGAUGUCAACCUUUACACGAUUAGGGACGCGAGGCACAAUAUUUCAUGCCUGCAGAAUGACCACAAAGCCAUCAUGGCAGAGAUAGAAGAAGCUCUGCACAAGCUGCAUGCUCGAGAGAAAGCCAAGCGGGAGCAAGAUGAGGCUGGAAGCCAGCAGGAGGCGAUGGAGCAGCAGUCCACUCUGCCUCCUCCUUUUGCUAAAGUGGAUGCUGUCACUGGCGGCUCGCCUGCCUUUAAAGCUGGUCUGAAGGUAGGAGAUGAAGUGAUUGAGUUUGGCUCUGUGAACACAAACAACUUCCAGAACUUGCAGAAUAUUGCUUCAGUUGUACAACACAGUGAAGGAAAACCUUUACGCGUCGCUGUGAUCAGAGACGGCCAAAAGGUUCAGAUGAGCCUGACUCCACAGCGGUGGUCCGGCAGGGGUCUGCUGGGAUGCAACAUCAUUCCAGUCCAGCGAUAAUCAUCAUAAGCUUUUUCCAGGUCGGAACCUGGGACUCUCAUUCUCCUUCCCUGAGUUUUGUUUUUGUACUCUAUUCAACAGAAGUUUGGAUUUAUAUUCAGUUUCUCAGUGUGAACAUUUAAACUUAUUAUCCGUGCAGUGACUCUGAAUGGAUUAUGUCAAAAUUGGAGCGCUGCAGCAAAGGGGACUGAAUUAAACAAACUACUAAGGAAGAAGUGGAUCAACUCUUGUGUUCUACCUGUUCUUUCCCCAAGGAGCUCAGAAGGAUCUGGUUAAUAUGGGUGCAGAUGAGUUUCUUCUAUAACUUCUAGACUGGGUGUGCACAAUAUUACUGGAGUUGAAUAAAGGUUGUUCCUGAAGAAAAUCAGCAA